AUGUUCGGCGCCGAGGAUGAGAACCGGCCGAAUUCUCGAAUAUGCUGCUUCUGGUAUCCAAGGGACCUGGAUGCCGCUCAAGUUCACCCCCCUACGAUGAAGAGAGCGGAAGGGGAGGCACUCGGACACAAUGCCUCCCAGCGCUGUGCGACGUCGUUGAAGUUUGGCGCCUUUUCCAUGCGUAUUCAGCACUCAGGGGGGGCAUCAUUUGGCAUCGCCACCGCCCAAGCGCUCGGAUUGGAGCCAAGCAAGAAACGGCAUUCAUGCCGUUGGCUGCGCCGACGUGACUGUGCGCAACCGUGCAACGAAAACUUGUCGCACGGAGGAAUCUCCAGCGAGGGGGUGUGCAGUGCAGGGAACAUCGGUUCCAAUUACAAGGAUCUUCAACAUUCCUUGUCAGACCCCCUUCCCUUCACUACGGCUCCUCAGGUCCAUUGGAACGCGCCCCCCACCUCUUUGCGUGUGCUGGUCUACGGACGUAUGAUUCUCCCUCGCGACCUCUUCAUACCAUCGUGCCAUUCUCUUGGGGGCUCCCAGGCGCCCUAUAUCGCCCAAAAGCAGACCGAGAUAAGGCAGACAAAGCAAGUACGUUGUAUGCAGGUCGGCAUGCUGGCUGUUCUACUGUUGGUGUUUUAUGGGCGCUUCGCCCGGCAGGGCGUUGACAGCGCUUAUGGCCUCCUGACGACGCGCCUAAGGGCAAUGCCUCAGGGCUCAGGCCGCAGAUAUACUGGCCGCAUUUCGUCCUCUCUCGCGACACCUGGCCUUACCGCCGGCGUCUCGGAGUCUCAGUCUCUCAGAUGGUUCGUCCUCGCAACCCCAACGAUAACAACAGCCUGGAGCUCUAAGAGGGACUCUGGGGACCCCAAUGGCGAUACCAUCAACAACAGAGUUGCGCGUGCCUCGGACGCGUGGCCCUUGUACGGAGUACCGAGUACGCCGAGUUAUCCACGUGGGUCCAAGCGAAUGCCCUUGCUCUCCGAGGUGUUGGCCCAGCACUUGGCGAUAUACCUGUCGACUAGGAACUGGUUCCGCGCUCUCCUUGGAUAUCUCGAGGCACCGCACCCAAAGCCACGGUACCGUUAUACAUCCUCUGAGAUGGACUUCCUCUGGUCGCAUGAGAAGGCGAUUCAGCCUCCACGGGGCGCUUGCUGGGCGGUACGGAGAAAAAACGAAUCGCUGGAACUGGCCACCGGCAACCUGGCCGAGGUCUCAAUGCAGAUGGGGGAGCAACAACAACAACAACAACAGCAACAACAACAACAACAACAACAACAACCACGAUAUCUACUCCGUAGCCAUGUCGGGCCAUGCACUGUCACCACGGGCCCCAACGCUCUGGAGAUCCCCGGUCCAAGUUUGUCGUGA